AUUAUACACUCUUUGUAGGUGACGUGUUAGCAAAAUUUCUUUCACUUUGCUUAAGAUUGCUGAACAUUUUGGUUAGAUAUUGAUUGUGUCUGUCUGUCGUCAUGGAUAAUUCUGUGAACUAUAUAAAUCCACUGGAUUUACCAGUGCAAAAGGAAAUAUUGACCCGAAUUUUGGAUAUUGGCCUAAAAUUCAAAUGUCGAGACAGAGUGAUUGACCAAACAAAUGUGUCCGAUUUCAAUUCGCUUAUAAGUAAAGUUUACGAGAAAAAUGUCCCCGUUAAAGGCAUCGAAGUGGAUAAGAUUCUUGAUAAAUUUGAGAAGGAAAUGCUUCCAUACUGUACAAACUGGGCAUCACCGUGUGCAAUGGCGUUCAACGAUACGGGAAAUUCGUUUGCCGGCAUCGCGGGAGAUGUUCUCGCCACGCUACUGAAUCAAAACGUUAUCAAUUGGAAACCGUGCUCGCCGCUUGGAACUGUUGUCGAAAUGACGGUGUUAAAUUGGCUACGGCAACUGCUGGGCUAUCCUUGUCGAGAUCAACUAUUAAGUCCUAUUGAUGUUGCUGGCUUGGUCACUUCAGGUGGAGUCGCUUCCAAUACGAUAGCAACACUUUUGGCCAGAGAAAAAGCGUCGCCUAAUGCAAUGGUCAACGGAUUGAAGAAUAGUCAAAAAAUGGUCGUAAUUGUACCAGAAGGAAUCGACCAUUACAGUUCUAGACUGUCAGUAGGUUGGAUUGGAAUCGGCGAGUCCAACGUUAUCAAAGCACCAACAUUGAAUUUCGCAUACGAUUUGAAUAAGUUGUCUUCAUUACUGAAGAAAAUAACAAACGAUGGAGCAAAGGUUAUCAUGUUAGUUUGUUAUGCAGGAGACAGCCGUUCAAUGACAUUCGAUAAUUUCAUUCAACUUCGAAAGAUUUGCGAUGAAUAUGGAAUAUGGCUACACUGUGAUGGCUGUCAGGGGACUCAGCUGGUAUUUUCCCGGCGAUUACGACAGGAAAAGCUUAAAGGAAUCGAAUUGUCAGAUAGCAUUACAAUGGAUCCACAUAAAAUUCUGAACAUUCCGUAUUCAAUAAGUGUCCUACUCAUCAAAGAUAGGCAACAUUUGGAAUUAAUUCGGCGACCAGAGGACAUCAUAACCGGUGAAGAACACAGUUUCGGUCAGUUGACUCCGUUCUUCGGCAGCAGAAAUUUCAUGAGCCUGAAACUUUACUUUCUGAUCAAAAAUCUGGGAUUAGAUGGGCUGGACGAAGUCAUCGAACGUCGUUGUCAUAUGGCAAAUGUUGUGUCGGCUGAGAUAGGCAAAGUCAGUCAAUUGUUGCAAAUCAACGACAAAAUCGAAUUGAAUUCAGUAAUUUUUAUGUAUUUUCCACGAGCGAUUGCACGACAGCUACCAUCUAUGGGUUCAUUGAAAGACAAACGAGCCAUUGUGUCAGUCAUGAAUGACAUCAAUGUCAGCAUUCAAGAUAAACUGUUCGCAGCUGGAGACAUUUGGCUGCAUACCUUUCUGAUACCAGACCUUUCCAACGCAUUACAAUUUUCCGAUGACGAACCACGAGCCGACUUACGUCCACUGCGGUUCAUGAGUGGAAAUCCGAUUUUGAGCACGAAGCAUAUUUCGCUAAUGAUUUCCAGAGUUGUAGCAGAAGGAGAUGCACUUUUGCGGAAUUAUAUUGCAAAUAUGAAUGCGGCUGACCCGAUCUACGCAAUAUUUUCCAGCUUCAAAUUCGAUUCUGAUGGGACAUGCAAGAUCAGUGAAAUGAACGGAGGCCAUAGAAUCAAUGGAGUUAAUGAAGUAAAUGUAGUGAACGGCAUCAAUGGAAUGAACGGCGGCAUCAACGGAGAAAAUGGAAUGAACGGAGGCAUCAACGGAGAAAAUGGAAUGAACGAAGUGUGCAAGGGGUUUUCCAUACGAAACAAUGAUUCAAGCAUCGCUGCCAAUGACAGCUACUACUUGACGAAGGAAGAAUUUUGCAAACGAAAAACCGAAUUGAUCGUCCAAAUUCGGCAAUUCUGUUCAACCGAAUUCAUUCAACCCGGCGAGUCAUAUUUUGUUGUAGUGUACGGGUCUUAUGGCUAUGGAUUUGUCAAACCCCAAUCGGAUUUGGAUAUCGUAUUCUACUGCAGUGAUGAGCACUGUACCGAUGAUCGCAGAUCGAGAAUCAUAACGUUCGUAAAGAAUCUUCAUGAAAAACAUAAUAUGCAGAUCGACAAUGAGAUUCCGUACGAAUUCAAGAUACUGCUUCCAUACAGCUUCUUGAAAAGCGCUUGCAACGGUAAAGGGAUCAUUGAAACAGAUGCGAAUGGACAGUGGAAUUGGCACAUUCCAAAAAUUUUAAAAUCAAUUGAAUAUUUGACUUCGAAUGACUUUCUCCUUCGAUUUUUCAUGGGCGUAUUUUUGAAUGAAAAUUUUCUGGUGAGUGGAGACGCUCGCAUGUACAACAAAUGUAAAGGUUUGUCCGCCAGAAAUCUUACUAGAGCUAUAAUUUCAAUUAACAAACGGAAAAGUGUCAGCUCAUUUACUCUAACAAAAGACUUUUGUUUGAGUCCCAGUGGUGAAUUUGGCGAUUAUUUCCUUGGAUUUUCUGAUAGAGAACCAUUCACAUCCCAUUUAUUGGAAUUUCUUGAGGGUACUCUGGGCACAAUGAACCUACAGCCUACACCUGGCAAAGAUGGAACUCUGUAUAGUGUUCAAUCCGCUGAAGAUUUACACCCGGAACAUUUUAUUCAUGUUUGAUUUGUCCUUUGUUUUCGUGAUUUGUUUUUUUUUGCUUUUAGCUGAGAUGUAGAAGCUAGACUGUUAUUGUCAAUUUACUAUUAAUUUUCCUCAUAUAGAGGUACCCUCUUUCCAUCUUUCUUUGGUUUUUCCUUUUGAGAGAAAAAGCUCGAUUCAACUCAAUUAAUUUUCGUAAUUUUCUAUUAAUAUCACUGAUAAAAAAGAUUUUUGGCGGUGUACUGCGGAUAUGUAUAAUAUACUCCUGUUAUGUAUAGUAUGUGUCGGUUAUGCAUGGUAAACGUGUCGUAUGUAAAGUUUAUGUACUUUGUGUACUUUGUGCCAUAUAUCUCACGUGUGUUACUGCCGUAUCGUCAUUGUGUUUUUGCUAAGACAGAGCUUUGAGUUUCUUUUUAAUUCUAAUGAAAUUCCAAUGGAAUCUAAAGGAAGCACAAAGUUUUCGAAAGCUCUCCAAAGCACAAAUUCAAUUCGAUACGAUGUUUUGGCGUAACACGGCAGGUAGUCGACGUAUGGCAUGUUUAAAAUUUUGGUAUAAUCUCAUCGUAAAAUUACCUCAUACGCCCAACACGUUUGAUAAAAGCAUACGUGUAGGAUGUUUGUAUACGCAUGGUAAGUAUGAUGUCAAAAGAUCAUACUUGUGUAUUAACAUACGUACAGUGUGUAUUUUAUAUGAUUGACAAAUAUGUCAAGUCCUAUACAUGAGAUGGUAUCCGGAUUUUAGAAUUCAAUAAUCACUAAACAGAAAUAUUAAAUGAUUUUCAGUCAUUCAACUUUCAAGACAUUGUAUUCCCUGAGUUCAAUCAAUCUCAUACUGUUGAAAUAUCCAAAUAUUACUCAGAAAAGAAGAAGGAAUUACCAUUACGAUGUUCGAUAUUAGGUCAUUGUCAUACCAUAAUUCUAAUUAGAAU